CAAAGGACUUGUAACAACUUCCGUCAACACACUCGUUGACAUUCAACAUCACAGACAUGACUUGUAUGACGAAAACAUUCCUCACGAGACGUUCUUUUGUCAGGUUUAUCAAACUUCACAGAUGUCUGCACGCGGAAGUAGUGAGACAUGAGUCCAGUGGACUUCCCAUCGUUCACCACUGCGGAUACGUGUCCGAGCUUCCACCCAAUCACCGGUUCCCCAUGAAGAAGUUUCCUCGAGUGUUACACUUUCUGCUCAAAGAUCAGGUCAUAACCGAGAAACAGGUUUGGGCUCCAGAAAUUGCCUCUGUAGAUGUACUGGGCAGUGUUCACACUGCUGGAUAUUUGGACAACUUUAUAAAUGGAACAAUAAACGAGAAGGAGCAGCGACGCACCGGCUUCCCCUGGAGUGAAGGCAUUGUGAGCCGCUGCCGCUAUGAAACAGGUGGGACGCUCCUGGCUGCUGAGAUCGCUCUGCGGAGAGGUCUGGCAUGCAGCACGGCAGGAGGAACCCAUCACGCCUUCCCAAGCUUCGGCUCUGGGUUCUGUCUUCUUAAUGACUUAGCAGUCACUGCCAAAUUCAUGCUGGAUGAGAACCAGAAGAAGGUUCUGAUCGUGGAUCUGGACGUGCAUCAGGGCGACGGCACUGCUUUCAUUUUCAAAGAUGAGCCGCAGGUCUUCACUUUCUCGGUGCACUGUGGGAAAAACUUCCCUCUUCGUAAACAACAGAGUGACCUUGACGUCAGCGUGGAGGACGGACUGGAGGACAGGGAGUAUCUCUCCACAGUCGAGGCUCACCUUCCGUGGCUGCUGGAGAGUUUCCGCCCAGAUCUGGUCCUGUAUGAUGCAGGUGUUGACCCCCACUGGGACGACGAACUGGGGAGGCUGCGGUUAACAGAUCAAGGUUUGUAUCAGAGGGAUCUGUACGUGAUGAAGACGGUGGUCAGCAGAGGAGUCCCCCUGGCUUCUGUAAUAGGAGGAGGAUACUCCAGGGACAUCGACCGACUGGCCCUCAGACAUUCCAUCGUCCACCGAGCAGCCUCUCAGGUGCGUUUUACUGAACUUAAACUUACUGAGUGUGGCUGUAAAAAAACAGCUGUUUAUGUUACACUUUAUUCUUUAAAAGUAAAUCUGCUGAUGUAAGUUUAUUCUGUGCAGGUUUGGAAGGAGUGUGGCAUGUAAAUUGCUGCUCCACUCGUGUCCUAGUGUUUGUGCCGUUUCAUUCAUUCAUGUGGAAGACGUAUUUAUUUCAUACAUAUUUUCUGCUUUCAUGUCACUGUAUUUUCUUCUUGUGUGGGGUCAACUGUAGCAUAUGGUCAUGAAGAUACGCCUCAUUAUGUUGAGCUUAAAAUGGAUCAAAAUGGUGAAUUGAUCUGCACGUUUUUCACCUGAGAAUUGACCACUACCUCAUCUGUACUGUUGAUGACGCAUAAUUCCUAAUGAAUAAAAAUCUGUUCUCCUCUGAAUGGUUAUGGACUCUGGGAGGAAAUCAGAGCAGAAACCCACACAUGCAUACAGUAAACCCAAAGAACUUGCAGUGAAAAGUUUGGGCGGUUUAUUAUGAAAAACAAAACGACAAUGAUGAAUAAAAUGGCUGAAUAAAUCAGGAUUUAAAGGUAUUUACAGUCCAACACAAGUCACAAACACUGACGUUUCACAGAGCGACAGGGACACACACUUCCCUUGGCACGACGGACACACGACAUGUUUCAAGUUUCCUCCUGGGUUUAAAAUGUCAGCGAUGCCGACAUCGAGCAGCAGCACAGUGCAACCUUUGAUUCACAGUUCAUGAGGCAGUUAUUUCGCUGAAAUGGUGGAGUAUUUUGUCACGACUAAGCGGCACAGACAUCAAGUGUUCACAUGACAGACGUGUAGCUGCACAUUCAUGUGUGAGAUACAUGCACAACACAGUUGU